CCCCAUGCUAGGAGAAGUGGAAUAGUGGAUGGCCCAAAGGUAUCAGGUGGUCACACCGUCCGAGAAAGAGGCAGAGGGGAUCGCUAUCUCGUCUGAUAAGAAAGAAAGAGAGAGAGAGAGAGAGAGAGAGAGAGACUACCCCAAAGCAUAGGAACACAGACAGACAUAGACAAAGCACACGCACAGACUGACCACACACACACACACACAACACGACACACACAGGUAUUAAUACUGGGGGAGACAGAGACCGUUUUCCACCCACCUUCCCUGACCCACUGAUAGAAAGGCAGAAAAGGGAGAACAGGAAAGGAGUGACACGAGUGGGAAAGAGGGGUUCUGAUAGAGAGAAAAAGGCAUGGACAGGGAGGCAAAAAAUGAAAAAGAAGAGAACGACAGAGAGAGAGAGAAGGGGGUGGCGGCGAUGGUAGCUUGUUACCAAGGCUUUGAUCCAGCAGCCUAUCUACAGUAUAACUACAUGCCACCGCGGGCGGACUUUGACCGGCAAGACAGCAUCGUACCCUGGAAACUAGGAUGUCUGCACAGAGCUUUUAACGAGGGUGACGUGGGAGGUGACGUGUUGGUGGACGUGGGUUCAGGGCCCACUCUAUACCAGGUGUUGAGCGGCUGUGAGGUGUUCGACACUGUGUUUCUCACAGACUUCCUGGAGGUGAACAGGCAGGAGCUGAGGCGUUGGCUGCAGGGUGAGGGCUACAGCAGCCUGGACUGGACCCCCUACCUGCAGCAUGUCUGCAAGCUGGAGGGCCGACGCCCUUCAGCGUGGACCGAGAAAGCCGCGCGCCUGCGUUCUGUUGUCUCCGACAUUCUCCCCAUCGACGUGCAUCUCCCCCGCCCCCUGCACCCUGACUCCCAGCUCCCCACUGCCGGCGCCGACUGCCUGGUGUCCUGCUUCUGCCUGGAAAGCGUCAGUCCUGACCUGGCCUCCUUCACCCGGGCCCUGGGCCACAUCAGGGGCCUUCUCCGGCCCGGGGGCCACCUGCUCCUCAUCGGGGCCCUGGGUGAGAGCUACUACAUGGGGGGGCCCGGUGUGCGCAUCCCUGUGGUGCACCUGGAUGAGGCCCAGGUUUGUGCCAGCGUGAGGGCCAGUGGGUACACGUUGGUGAGGCUGGAGGUGUACACGCUGCCCCAGGGCAUGAUGGUGGGGGUGGACGACGUGACGGGCGUGUUCUUUGUGAAGGCCAGGAAGCCAUAGAGGAGAAGAAUGAGGAAAGGAGAGGAGGAAAGGAGAGGAGGAGGAAGGUGGGUGAAGGUGGGAGGGGAGGGAGAGUAGUGGAAGUAGGAGGAGGAGGAGGAUGUGCGAGGUUGGAAGAGACUAGGAUGAGUAGAAGUCUAAAACAGAUGAGGUCAGAAAGUAAACAAUAGAUGAUGAGGAAGAUACGGAGUUCAAAAAGAGAGGAAGAGGUAGAAGAUGUUGGAAUAUUGAGCAGGCAAACUGUAUUUAAAAAGAGGAGAAGGAGAGAGGGGAAAGAUUGGAACAGAACAGUGAGGAAGUAAACAAUAAUAUGAGAUUAAAAACACAUAAAGAAAAUAGUAUUUUUAAUGCGAGAAGUGAAAGGGAGAAAGAGUAGGAGAGGAUGAUUGCUAACAAUUUCCACAAUAGAAAUCCAAAUAACAUUUAUGGCCCUUCACUGACAUUUGACUUAAAGAAUAAAAGGUCUACUUCUGCCCCCUACUGUUGAAAUGAACUCACUGACGCGUCAUGAUCUUAGUCUUGAUCCCACUGGUUGCAUUUACAUAGGCAGUCAAAGGCAAUUACUUCAUAGAGCCUGAAUUUGACUAGCUUGGUGGAAGACCCAAGUAUGUUUUCAUACUUGAACUUCGACCCGAGAAGUCAUGUAAAUCUAACAGUGAAGUUAUUUUCUAUCAGGAUUAUGAUUAGCGUUUUAGGGGUAGUCAGCGAUUGGCCAUGUUGUUAGCUUUUAAAGAAAAUGUGUUAGUUUGUCACAGAAAAGACUAAAUAGGCUUUUAGUCUCAAUUGAGUUAGUUUAAAAAAAAAAUGUACAUCAAAGUUCCAUGCUCUCAAAACCAUUAACCAAUCCUUUUGUAUGUUUAAAAUAUAUUUUUUAUUGUUGUCUCUUAUUGUGUUAUGUGUUAUUUUCUCUGGCUACUUUUGGCUUGUGGCUUCACUGAC